AUGGAAACCCCCCACGAAGAAACUAUGGACCUUGCCUUUGAUUUGUUUGACAGGCAUUUGGCGCGCGACAAAGACCCUGAUCCAAAGCUGGAGAUUGACGACAUGAUCGACAGCGACUCUGGUCAAGAAGUCAUCCAAUGCAAUGAGGAUUUCACACACACCAAACUCAAGAAAAGCGAGUGGGAUACCCGUUGGCUCGGAAUUACUCCCAGGCAGAAACCACCCAUUACAAGCCGCAAUCGCCUUUUACAUUACGCCGUGAAGACACUCCCAGACAAAGAUGCGCUCGCGUUCUUAAAGUCCCAUACGCAAAAAGGAAUUCUGGAAGAGUUUCCUCUCCAGGCUCUAGACGGACGUAGCGCACACUAUUCUACAUGUUGCUGCCAAAUCCUCCAAGCCUGGAUGACUAAUAAGGUCCUCCAAACAUCCAUUGUCUUGCUCAUGGGCGCUGUGACGGACUGCCUAUCCUUAGGGGAAAUCCCUCGAAAAGCCGCCGUGGUUGAACAUCUCCAGCCAACUGAGGCGUGGGCAGUUAUCGAAUACUACUUCGGGCAAGGAGGCACGGUCGUCGCUGUAGUCGGCGCCGUCUUUGACAGUGCCAAGCUGUUCGAUGUUGAGGUGGGCGAUGCGAUGAUAGAUGCGGAACCGGAAGACUACUACAAAGGCAUCUCAAAGUGCCGGAACGAUUUGUAA